AUGGAGACAGCCGCCGACUCCCUCCGCUGGCAGCUCCGACUGACCACGCCCAAGAUCACAAGUCUCGUCCAGAACGUCCACCAUGAGAUCUCAUGUCUUGACUCAUUCUCCGAGAUCCGCCAACGUUUCACUCACACCGUCUUUGUGCGCGUCUCCGAACUGGACCGCUACCUCAUUGAAGCCGUCCUCCUCACUCCCAGCCCCAUCAUUGACUUGUCCAAAGACAACGAACGCGAGAUUGAUGAGAUCAGCCGUCUCUUGUUUCUCAGGUGGUCAUGGGCCGAUGCGGUUCUCCGUCAUGUCCUUGCCCAUUUGCUUGGUUUCGUUGACCAUGAUCAUCCAGGAGCUGUCUACGCCGAUGCUGGAUAUUGUGAUGAUCUUGCUAAAAAACUCAGCGUACGCCAUGGUGGGAGCUUCCCUGGUGACACACACGAGGAGAGAGUGGAUAAGUUGAUAAGGGAUGAGCUGAAUGAACAUUUCUUUCGAAGAAUGACGGGAGAUCCAUGGGGAUUCGGUCGAGAGUUAGCCGACAUUGCUGUCGCUCCGCACCCGGACGAUGUUUCGCUUUGGAGGCUGAUGGCUCGCCAAGUGGCCGACAGAUACCCUCCUUGUCUUCGCUGGCCAGGCGUACACUUUGCAGCCGCCAAGGCUGGGUUCUACGCGGACGGUCAACGAGACCUGUUCGAGUACCCUUUCUAUCAAGAAUGGUGGAAUGACGCCCUCUCAACCGUCUCCACUGAAACAUCUCAAACAUGUUCAGAAGAAUCGAGUCCAGAGUCACCCAAAAAUGGCCGAACUGAGCUGGAAAGGGAUCUUCGUGCCGUCUUUGAUGCUUCAGACGUUUGGGACGUUUUGUCUUUGUGCCGCAUGUGGCUAUGCGAGGAGGCCCUUUGGGGCGUUGACCAAGAGCCAGGCACAGAGAGAGACUUUGUGCGCUUGGAAAGUCUGGGAAUGUUCAACAAGCACUGGAUACGUAAGACACAAAAGGUGGCAGCGCCUGCAACAAAUGUGUGGGACUCCCACAAUGAGUAUCUGCAGCGAAGGCAUACCAAAGGCUCUCUGGAGGAAUCUACUUCAGUACCGUCAUUCGAAAGGAAGUAUGCUCAUGAAGAACAAAUCAAUGAAUGGGGACAGCUGAAUUGGUCCCCCGACGAGUACCAUUCAGGGUACGGAGAGGUUAGGGCCUUCUUUGGGCUGCCAUGUCUCCCUUCUCGUCCGGUUCCUCCUUGGCCCACUACCGUCCAUCAGCAUGAUGAUCUAUUAACAUUGUAUCUUGCUCUGAGCUGGUACGCUCCAAUUCCGGAACCUAGAGAGUGGUUUUUCUUUGCUUCAUACGGCAAUUACAACCUUUGGAACAUCACAGACCGGAAUAUUGUGUCAGGACUCCUCGAAGAUGCAGAGCUCGACCCACAAAGCCAAUCCUGGGACCUCGUCUGCAUGCCAGAGUCAAAAAGAGACCAGAAGUACAGGGUCUCCAACAUCACCCAUAUCUUGCACACCAUUUACUUGGCCGACGACAGGCAGGGAUAUUGUUACCGUAGACAGUGUAAACCCCGUGGACUUUUUUAUCCGUGCGACUGCCAAAGAGCCAGCCAAGAUGGUCAAUUCUCAGAAGGGGUUUUCAGACAAGCGAAGAGGAUCAACCUGAUCUACGACAGGUUGCAGCCUGAACACUACACACGGAGUCACUGGGGUGGCAACCUCGUAUUUAACCGGCGCAAGCUGGAGGACACGGAAUUGUGUCAGAAUUUGGACAAGGCCUGGACAGACUGGGUAUGCAACUUUGCCCUCCCCCUCCUUCUCUUCAAAGCUCUCUAA